GGCUGGGCCCGGUGCUUGGGCCGUUCCGCGUCCCGCCAUGGGCGGCCGCAUCGAGUGCGUGUUCUUCAGCGAGUUCCACCCCACUCUGGGGCCCAAAAUCACCUACCAGGUCCCCGAGGACUUCAUCUCCCGGGAGCUGUUUGACACUAUCCAGGUGUACGUGAUCACGAAGCCCGAGCUGCAGAACAAGCUGAUCACCGUGACUGCCAUGGAGAAGAAGCUGAUCGGCUGCCCCGUGUGCAUCGAGCACAAGAAGUACAGCAGGAAUGCUCUGCUCUUCAACCUGGGCUUUGUGUGCGAUGCCAGAGCCAAGGCCUGUGCGCUGGAGCCCAUUGUGAAGAAGCUGGCUGGUUACCUCACCACCCUCGAGCUGGAAAGUGGAUUCAUCUCCAACGAGGAGAGUAAACAGAAGCUGGUUCCCAUCAUGACCAUCCUGCUGGAGGAGCUGAAUGCCAAAGGGAAGUGCACCCUCCCCAUAGAUGAGUCAAACACCAUCCACCUGAAGGUUAUUGAGCAGCGCCCAGACCCCCCCAUCGUGCAGGAGUAUGAUGUCCCUGUCUUCACCCAAGACAAGGAUGACUUCUUCAACUCCCAGUGGGAUCUCACCACACAGCAGAUCCUGCCCUACAUUGAUGGAUUUCGGCACGUCCAGAAGAUUUCUGCGGAAGCCGACGUGGAGCUGAACUUGGUGCGCAUUGCUGUGCAGAACCUGCUGUACUACGGGGUUGUCACACUUGUCUCCAUACUUCAGUACUCCAAUGUCUACUGCACCACACCAAAGGUCCAGGACCUGGUGGAUGACAAGUGCCUCCAGGAAGAGUGUCUGUCCUACAUCACCAAACAAGGGCACAAGCGAGCCAGCCUCAGGGAUGUCUUCCAGCUGUAUUGUGGGCUGAGCCCUGGCACCACUGUGCGAGACCUCAUCUGCCGCUACACCCUGCAGCUCCAGAGGGUGGAUGAGAGGAGGCUUAUCCAGUUCGGUUUGAUGAAGGGCCUUAUCCGGCGGCUCCAGAAAUAUCCUGUCAAGGUGGCCCGGGAUGAGCGGAGCCACCCAGCCCGGCUUUACACGGGCUGCCACAGCUACGACGAGAUCUGCUGCAAGACUGGCAUGAGUUACAAGGAGCUGGAUGAGCGCCUGGAGAAUGACCCCAACAUCAUCGUGUGCUGGAAGUGACGCAGCGACAGCCCUUUCUAGAGCCGUGUCCCCCCACGCGUCCCCUGUGCGUGUCCCCGUUGUCCCCUCCAC